AUGGGGUUAUUUAAGGUUGUAUUUUUUACCAAUGGAAAAUUUGUAAGAGAUGAAGGGGUAUCAUAUGAAGGGGGCGAUGUUUUUGCUAUAGCUGGUCAGGACCCAGAUUUCUGGUCAUAUUUUGAAGCAUGUGAUUUACUUAAGUCUUUGGAUGCUUCAUUUAUAAAGGAAGAUGUGAAAAUGUGGUGGAAGUCCGAACAUGGCUCACUUGAAAAUGAUCUAAAACCACUUGUUAAUGAUGAGGAUGCAACAUUGUUAGCUAUGUGUGCUGAGGAGACAAAGUCUGAUAUUGAGAUAUAUACUGAGCCAAAAGAAAAAGAAAAUGUUAAUGUGGAGGAAAGUGAAGAUGGUGAAUCAAGUGAAGACUCUUUGGAUGGCAUACAUUUUGAUGAUAGUGAAGAGGAGAGGAUGAAUGAUAUUGAUGAAGAUGUAGGUGAAGAGAUCAACAAUGGUGCAGGUGGAGUAGAAAAUGGUGCAGGUGGAGUAGAAAAUGGUGCAGAUGAUGAUAGUGAUGAUGGUAGGCCUUCAGUGAUAAGGUUUAGGGAUGAUGAAAAACUUAGAAAGGAAUUUAAGUUCAAGGUUGGAAUGGAAUUUUCAUCUCUGAAGCAAUUUAAAAAGGCUGUACUGGAACACAAUGUGUUGAAUGGUAGGGAAGUUAAGUUUGCCAAAAAUGACGGGGAAAGGUGCAGGGUUAUUUGUAAGGAUAAACAACAAUGUGGUUACACUGUUUUAUGCAGUAGAGUUUUGAGAACUGAAUCUUUCAGGAUUAAGACUUUAAUUCAGAAGCACAAAUGUGGAAGAAAGUUCUUCAACAAGAAUGCUAAUGCUGAUUGGGUGUCUAGAAUAAUUGUGGACAAGUUGAAGAACAAUUCAGGUAUGAAAUUGAAUGAGAUUGUUUCUGAUGUUAGAUUGAGGUUUGCCACAGAAAUUACUGGAUGUAGGGCUUUCAAAGCAAGGCAAAUAGCUAGAAGGGUUGUUGAAGGUGACUCAGCCAAGCAGUAUAGUAUGUUAUGGUCAUAUGGAGCUGAAUUGAGAAGGGCAUGUAUAGGUAAUACAUUUAAGUUGAACAUUUCUGGUUUGCCACCUAAGUUUGAAAGGUGCUACAUGUGCUUUGAUGGUACAAAGAGAGCAUUCAAGAAUGGUUGUAGACCUUUCAUAGGAUUGGAUGGUUGUCACUUAAAGAACAAAUAUGGUGGAAUAUUGUUGAUAGCUGUCAGUAGGGAUGCUAAUGAUCAGUAUCUUCCACUUGCCUUUGGUGUUGUGGAGACUGAGUGUAGGGACUCUUGGAGCUGGUUUAUGAGGUUGCUACUUGAAGACAUAGGUUCUGAUAAUAGGUGUUGCUUCAUUUCUGAUCAGCAAAAGGGAUUGGUGAAUGUAUUUAAGGAAGACUAUCCUGAAUUUGAGCACAGAUUUUGCUUAAGACAUUUGUAUGCUAACUUCAAGAAGAAGUUUGGGGGUGGUACACUCUAUAGAGAUCUAAUAAUGGCUGCAGCAAAGGCAACCUAUUUUGAAGAUCAUGAGGCUAAGAUGAAUCAAAUUAAAGAGGCAAAUCCAGAUGCCUAUGAAUGGAUGAAUGCUAUUCCCAAGAAUAAGUAG